AUGGAUACCCUCGUGGCUCCCGAGCUUGAUAGUACCACUACGUCGCAAUUGCCACAACCUGAAGAUAUCAGAGAAAUAGCCCUCCACAACACCACGAAAGAGGCGGAGUCGAAGUCGAAGAGCGCCAUUGUCUCCAGUCGAAUCCCUCGCGAGAAUGGCUAUGGAGACUUCUGCUUUGGAAGGGCCAUGUUCAACGAUCGUCUGGCGGGACACCACGAUAGCGAGCACUUCGACUAUCACUACCUUAACUCUGUGGUGACGCCCCAAAGAAGGAUCAGAAUUUUGCGAUAUUUACUCGGUCCCUACUUCAAAAUCGAUUCUGCUGCACAAGCCGAGCACCUAGAAGUCACACUCAGACCGUCCCAGCGGCCAAAGGUGUGCAAGGGAGGAUUUGAUAGCACUCUCUACCACUACUUCAAGUCGAUGGAACAAUACGUCUUUGAAAAUGGUCUGAAGAAUAGACUAUCGCUCCUCAUCGGAGUGGAAGGCAAGAGUAUCGAUGACUGGUGGGACUCGAGAGGAACAUGGGCUCCAAUAAUUGCAUGGUUUACGAAGGUGAAGAAAGCAUAUCUUCAUGAUGCAAAAAAGCAUCCUACUCGAUCACGUCAAUACGAAAUCAACGUCGACAUAUUGAAAUUUAUCACCAAACAGGGCGGUCAAAACCAAGACUGGCCUAUGGUAGAAUUGGCGUGGACUCUUUCGAAUGUCAGUCCUCGAUUUAGACAAGAAGUCGGGGAGGUUCUAUGGAAGCAUACUAAGAUCAAUGUUCGAUUUGACGAGGACAAGGAAUGGGACCCGACAGCAUUCUUUUGCGAGAGACCUGCGAUACUCUUAGGUAUAAAAUCACUACGCAUUGCUUUAGACACAUACGUGGAGUCUGACGAAGAGAUUGACAAAAUGAGUGGAUUUUGUCUAUGGAUCACACAGCACCCAGAGAUUGAGCUGUUCGAUCUCCAGAUCGAUCUACAUUGCGCCAGCAGUAUUUUGGACUUGCUGAUUGAGGACGAAGAUCAAAACCAUUUGUGUCCAGCCCAAUUGAUCAAAGUCACAAAGUCUUUCGAAAUUACGUGGACGUAUGAUGUAUAUUAUGGAUACAGAAAUAGAGCGGAGGUCAUAGCCGAAUUAGAAGAGAAGAGAAAGAAAGUUUUGCCUCAAUUAACCUCGAUGAAAAAGCAGAGUACCUGGAGAAUCGACUUCUCAAGUUUGGGCCUGCUGGUGCUUGUUAGCUUGGAAGAGGCUGUUCAUGCGAUGGCCAAGAGAUUUAAGUCUUGUCAAAUAGUUGGUUCCGAUGACAAGCCAUAUCCUGGUCCUCAUGGGGCAGGGCAAUCUCCACAAUACAAGUAG